AUGCAGACAACGAACUCACCUCUUGUCUCGAGAGCUGUGGCGCGCCUAUGCGCCAUCCUCGGCGAUGAGCUGCUCCCGGUCGUGAUUUGGCUUUCCAUGUUUGGCGCCACGCGUCUCGCACCCUCCCUGGUGCUGCACUUAUCAAUGUCUCUCCCGCAGGUGAUGGACGUGCCGCGACUGCUGCUGUGGCGACGAAGGCGCGGCGUCUACGACGGUGCCCGGAACAGCAGUUAUUUGGGCACAAGCAUCAGCGCCGCUGCCGACGCCGCCGCCGCGCAUCUUGCGGAGCUGAUCAAGAGCACACCUCCGGGCUCCAGCAGCGACGGUAUUCUCCUCGGUGGCGACAGCAGCAGCGGUGGAGCUUAUGACGCAGCGCUCCGCGCGUCGUGGCAGCGUAUUUACCAUCAGUCGCUCGAGGUGCUCGUCUCCCUCGUCACGUACCCGACACGUUUGUGGACGUAUUUUCUUUUCCAGCGCGGCCAGCGCGCGUCGCUCAGGGGUGCAGCCGAUGCAGCGCGCAGUGGCGGGAACGGCCGAGCAGCGGUGGCGGAGCUUCUCGUGCGCCUCGUAACCAGCUUCACCUCCACGUGGAUUCACGCGAGCGGCAGCAUGCUCUUGGACACCAUCGUCACUUACCUCAGUACUCGCAUCGGCAGCUGGGGUAGCGGCAGCGUCGGUGGUGGCAGCGCCAUCGGAGGCCGUGGCAGACGCCACAGCGGCUGGCGUGACCUGCUCGUCGCGUCGUGCGUGUCGACCGGGCUCAACUUUGUACUGCAGACAUACUGGGUAGAGGCAUUGACGAGCAUGGGCGAGCUGCGGGCGCUGCCGCUGGCGACCACAGCUCAAGAGGCGCUGUCGCUGUCCUUCAGCGAGCGGAUACAGCUUGCGCUCUCAGCCCUCUCUCGCCUAGGCAGCAAGGAAUUCCUGUACCGCUUGUGCCGCGUGGCGCUGCAGCCGCAGCCGGACCAGCGGACUAGCCCCGCCGAGGGGGAGCGGGUGUACGCGUCGCCGCCGUCGCCCUCAAACACAGCAGCGCUGCAACCACGCACUCCCGCGGCCGAUUCGUCGCUGCUGUCCUUCCCAGCUUCCGCUACGCCGCGAGCGCAGUCCCAACCGGCGCGUGUAUAUCUUUGUGGCGGCAACGCCCUCGUCUUCGCCCUCAGCGGCUUUCGCUUUGCCUACUACGGCGACCCGCAGCAGCUCACGACGGCUGCGUCCAACUGGUUUACGGACGCCUUGGACCUCGUGCUGCGGCAGGCGCGCCAGCGGGCCGCGGCGCAGGACGGCCGUGUGACCGAGGCGCUGCUGGAGGGGCAGGUGUGGCGACCACCUGUGUCGUCGUCGUCGCCCUCACACACCCACGACGUCGUUCUUGCUCCCGCCGCCUCCCUGCAGCUCCUCCCUGUGUAUAUAGCGAACUUUGCCGUUGGCGCCGGCGUCGGCCUUGUGUGGCGGAGGCGCCACCUCCUCACCGCGGCCCGCCGUGUGCCGCUGCUGAGAAAAGUUGUGAAGCUGCUGUUCCCGCUGCCGCCGCCGCCACUACGGCUGCCUGAGGCGUUGCAGGAGCUGAGUCCGGAGUGCCAUGUGCUGCUGGUGCACCCGGAUGGCCGGGUCGAGGUUUCCGGGGACGCGCCGCUGCCGGAGUCUAUUUCGAAGGCCGAUGCGCCGGCAGCGACGACGACGAUGCCAGACACGUCCUCUGCGGAUGCCUCCCCCUCGCCAAGAGUAACACGCAUUGUAGCGGCGCAGGACUUGUUCUGCCCUAUCAAGCGCACACUGAUGUGUGACCCGGUGCAGACCGCUGACGGUUUCACGUACGACCGUGACAGCAUCGAGGAGUGGCUGCUGGCGCACGACAGGGCGCCGCUCACGAACUUGCGUCUCGAUAGCACGGCGCUGCGUGUGAACUGGCGAGCGCGGCAGCUAAUCAGCGGACUUGUUCUGCAGUACACCGCUGCGGCAGGAAUGACAAGCAUCUGA